AUUCUCACACAACAUACGUAUUUUCUUUUUCCUUUUUUUUUUCUUUUGAAUAAACAAAACGUUCACAUUCGCACACCCCAAGAAGAAAGCUUUUGCUUGCAGAUUCUCUUACUCCAGCUAUUAAUACUAAACACUGUCUCACUCUCUCCAAAGAGGUUCUUCACUACCAAAAGGUCUUUACUUUAUCACUGUCUCUCACUUGGGGUGUCUCAUUUUCUUUUCUGAACUGGAACCGCUAAAGGGGAAGGCUUGAGCUUGAGAAUGAAGCACACUGGUUGGUGAGGAAUUGUUGCUGUUCAUUUCUGGUGGGGUGGUUUUGGAUCCAACUGGGUCUUCAGCUUUUGUGUUUUUUUAGUUUCCCGAAAAAUCCUUAUGGGGAACAUUUAUCUGGCACAUUUGAUGGUGAUGGUGGUGGUGGUGGUUUUCCUGGGGGUGUUUUUACCUUGUUUGUGUCAAGGUGAUUCAGACUAUGACACCACUGCUGUGUACGUUGUUACCCUUAGACAUGCUCCUGUUUCUCAUUACUAUGGUGAGUUGAGAAGAGAAGUUAAUAGCUUCAAAGAUGCUGCUCCUGCUCCGGGGAGAACCCAAUUUAACAAACCAAGAAGGUAUGACAAUAUUACCAAGACAGAUAAGAGAUAUGGCUCUUACAUUUCCCAAGUUCAUGAUUCUCUGUUGAAGAAAGUGUUAAACGGAGAGAAAUAUCUGAAGCUCUAUAGCUACCAUUACCUGAUAAAUGGAUUCGCUGUGCUGGUUACCCAGAAACAGGCAGAGAAACUAUCAAGGAGCAAUGAAGUGUCCAAUGUGGUUUUGGAUUUUUCUGUAAGGACUGCGACUACACACACGCCACAGUUUUUGGGUCUGCCACAGGGAGCAUGGUUUCAAGAGGGAGGGUUUGAAACUGCUGGAGAAGGUGUUGUUAUUGGGUUUGUUGACACUGGCAUAGAUCCAACACAUCCUAGUUUUGGUGAUAGUAAUUCCAAUCAUCCAUAUCCUGUUCCUGGUCAUUUUUCUGGCAUCUGUGAGGUUACUCGCGACUUUCCAUCUGGUUCUUGCAAUAGGAAGCUUGUUGGGGCCCGCCACUUUGCUGCUUCAGCCAUAACCAGAGGAAUAUUUAAUUCAACUCAGGACUAUGCUUCUCCCUUUGAUGGUGAUGGUCAUGGCACGCAUACAGCAGCUGUUGCAGCAGGAAACCAUGGGAUUCCAGUCAUUGUUGCUGGACAUCACUUUGGAAAUGCUAGUGGGAUGGCUCCUCGUUCACACAUUGCUGUUUACAAGGCAUUAUACAAGAGCUUUGGAGGAUUUGCUGCAGAUGUUGUUGCAGCAAUUGACCAGGCAGCUCAGGAUGGGGUUGACAUAAUAAGCCUGUCAAUUACUCCUAAUAGACGUCCUCCUGGUGUGGCAACUUUCUUCAAUCCAAUAGACAUGGCUCUGCUGUCGGCUGUGAAGGCCGGUAUUUUUGUUGUGCAAGCAGCAGGAAAUACUGGACCAUCACCAACAAGCAUGUUCUCCUUCAGUCCAUGGAUCUUUACCGUUGGUGCUGCCUCUCAUGAUCGGGUUUAUAGCAACUCCAUAUUUCUUGGAAAUAAUGUGACCAUACCUGGAGCUGGUCUUGCUCCUGGCACAGAUGAAAGCAAACUUUAUAAACUGAUUCAUGCACAUCAUGCAUUGAGCAAUGACACAACGGUUGCUGAUGAUAUGUAUGUUGGUGAGUGCCAAGAUGCAAAUAAAUUCAACAAGGAUUUGAUCAAGGGGAACCUCUUAAUGUGCAGCUAUUCAAUUCGAUUUGUGCUGGGACUCUCCACCAUCAAAAGAGCCUCAGAAACAGCAAAAAAUCUUAGUGCAGCUGGUGUUGUCUUCUAUAUGGAUCCCUAUGUGAUUGGUUUUCAGCUUAACCCUGUUGCAAUGAAAAUGCCAAGCAUAAUAAUUGCUUCAACUAAUGAUUCCAAGAUUUUAAUGCAAUACUACAAUUCUUCAUUGGAAAUAGAUGCAGUUUCAAAGAAAAUUGUUAAAUUUGGGGCUGUUGCCAGUAUUUGUGGUGGACUUAAAGCGAACUAUGGCAGUGCUGCACCCAAGGUUAUGUAUUACUCUGCCAGAGGACCAGAUCCAGAAGACAGUCUUCCUCAUGAAGCAGACAUUUUGAAACCCAACUUGUUAGCUCCUGGAAGUUUUAUAUGGGCUGCUUGGAGUUCUGUUGCCGCUGAUUCCGUUGAAUUCCUAGCAGGUGAGAAUUUUGCAUUGAUGUCUGGCACAAGCAUGGCUGCUCCUCAUGUUGCUGGUCUUGCUGCACUAAUUAAGCAAAAGUUCCCGAGUUUUAGUCCUGCAGCCAUUGGAUCUGCACUUUCCACUACAGCUUCUCUGUAUGACAAGAGUGGUGGGCCAAUAAUGGCUCAACGAUCAUAUGCCUCUCCCGAACUAAAUGAGUCUCCAGCAACUCCUUUUGACAUGGGAAGUGGUUUUGUGAAUGCAAGUGGAGCACUGAAUCCUGGUUUGAUUUUUGAUUCCGGUUAUGAUGAUUAUAUGUCAUUUCUAUGUGGCAUCAAUGGUUCAGCUCCUGUGGUGCUAAACUACACUGGUCAAAAUUGUGGACUCUACAAUUCCACUGUGUAUGGUCCUGAUCUGAACCUGCCCUCAAUCACUAUAUCAAAGCUGAACCAAUCUAGAAUAGUGCAGAGGACAGUUCAAAACACUGCUCAAAAUGAAUCAUACAGUGUUGGUUGGACUGCUCCUUAUGGAGUUUCAUUGAAAGUGUUUCCAACUCACUUCAGUAUUGGCAGUGGUGAGAAGCAGAUAUUGUCUGUGCUCUUGAAUGCAACAGUUAACAGCUCUGUUUCCAGCUUUGGGAGAAUUGGGCUGUUUGGGAAUCAAGGUCAUGUGCUAAACAUUCCAAUUUCAAUCAUGGUUAAAAUCUCAUCUAACACCACUACAAGUUAAUUGAGGAAAAAAUUAGAUAGUGGUUUUUUAGGAUGCUUUUUGAAUGUCUAGGAUUCAUCUUAGCUUUUGUUGGGUCCAAAGAUGUAAUGCCUAUUUUUUCAUUCAUUAUCAUGUAAAGAAGUUAAAGGUUCUUGUAUAGAUACUUAUAAAUGUGAUCAGUUCCUGAUUCUUCUGCAGCA